AUGGCCGCUCAACUCAGUUGUCAUCAUCCUCCUCUUCCUGCGUCGCAUUCUCCUGCAGUCUCUGAUGCUAAUGAUGAGCGGAUCGACCAGUGCUCGCGGACGUCGUCUCCGGACGCCUUCCACUUAGUCCUUCCCCGUCGCUUCCGCCCUGCCCGCCGCGGCUCGACUUGCAGCACCUCCGACAGCUCGCCUUCCGCAUCGGCCGCGUCCAAAGCGUAUCACAGAGAUCUGGUCCUGUUGCUGGGAAAGCUGGCGGGGUCUCGGGAAAACGCAAAGCGAUUCCUUCGUUUUCGAGCGUCGUCCAAUCCCUCGUCGUCGUCCCAGACCUCUGCCUCUCCGCCGCGGCCGAGGUCGAGACGCGCCCGCCCGAUCUCUGAGAUCAUCCUGCCCUCCAACAAUGCGCAGAUGGCGCCGUCGAUGGAUCCGGAUGUGAUUGGCAAUCGCUCGAGCUCGCCGUCUACCCAUUCCAUGACUGGCGGAGUGGCCACGCGACCGGCGUCCCGAGACCACAGCCCUGAGCCAGACGUUUCCCCGAGUUUUCCGACCUUGCGCAACGAAAAGGUCGUCGCCACGGGAAAUGGCAUUACGGUCAGUAUCGCGCUUGCGGAGCCGGUGCUCUUUCUCCCCGGCUAUGACCAUAACGAUCCGAGCACGAAGAAGUCGGCCAUUCUGCGCGGACAUCUGCAUAUCAAAACGACAAAAUCCGUCAAGAUAAAAAAGAUAUCUGUCUGCUUUCGGGGUCACGCGCAAACAGAUUGGCCGGAUGGGAUUCCACCCAAGAAAGUGCACUUUCAUGACAAGAAGGACCUCGUGACUAAUGGUAUGGUCUAUUUCAACCAUGGCGACACCGCUCUGGUGCAGAACGAGUACGGCGCCCACUGCUACAAACUAGCCAAGCCGCAUCCGUCGAGCACGACGAAGGAGCUGAAGGUUCCGGGAGUGACCGCUACAACGCGCGAGCUUCUGAAGAGUGGAUCGACGACGUCGGUGCACCGGGAGACUGCGAAAGAAAUCAAACGACUGUCUCUACAGUCCAACCACUCGCGCAGCUUUGGAAAGAAUGACCCGCCGCCGAGCACGCAGGCUCACACCUCGCGCUCCUACCGAGUUUUCCCCCCUGGUGACUAUCUCUACGCCUUCGAGUUUCCCAUCGAUGGUUCUCUCCCGGAGACGAUCAAGACCGAACUGGGUUUCGUGCGCUAUGAUCUCGAAGCCAUCGUGGAGCGAUCCGGUGCUUUCCGGCCGAAUCUGCUGGGUUCGGUCGAAGUUCAGGUCAUCCGGACCCCAGCCGAGGGAUCCUUGGAACAGGUGGAGCCGAUCGCCAUUUCGCGAAACUGGGAGGACCAGCUUCAUUAUGACAUUGUCAUCUCGGGGAAAUCGUUUCCUCUGGGGUCUCAGGUCCCAAUCGCAUUCAAAUUGACGCCGCUGGCCAAGGUGGAAUGUCACCGAAUCAAGGUGUAUGUGACCGAGAAUAUCCAACAUUGGACUUCUGACAAGUCCGUCCAUCGCUUCCUGCCUCCCAAGAAGAUCCUCUUAUUUGAAAAACGCGCCGAUUCACAUAGCGUGAGUGCAUAUCCGGGGAGCACCAUGCGUGUGACGGCUGGCGGUGGCGUCAGUUGGGAUAACCGGGAAGCUGCCGCUCGAGGUGAGGAACAGGUCGAUCGGAACAGUACGAGCCUGCUAGGAAACCUCUCGAAUGAUACUGGAGUUGGGCCAACGGAGAUGGAGUUCAACGUGCAGCUUCCCAGCUGCCAUGCGAUGAAGGGAAGGGAUGAAUCGCAACGGCUACAUUUCGACACCACCUAUGAGAAUAUUCAGAUCAAUCAUUGGAUCAAGAUCGUCAUGCGUCUGUCCAAAGUCGACGAGAAGGAUCCUUCGAAACGACGACAUUUUGAAAUCUCGAUCGAUUCUCCUUUCCAUAUCCUCUCCUGCAAGGCCACGCAAGCCAACAUCUACCUUCCGGCAUACAGCACUCCGUCGUCCGAUCCGGUGAUCCCACCAGAAGAGUACGAAUGCGGAUGCCCUGAUGCUCCAGUGACCCGCCGCAAUGGGUCUUCGACUCCCUCUUCGGACCGCGACGGCGGUCGAAGCUUCACGUCUGGAUCCGGUGGCGUAGCGCGCCCGGAGCAAGCGCACUUGGCUCAUGAGCCCAACGAGCGCGAGGCUCGUCCCAUGCAUCUUCUCCGCGCGCCGUCUUUUGCUCCGCCGGCGUUUGACGAGGUUGAGCCGCCCCCGCCGCCGUUGGUCACGCCGCCUCCGGAUUACACGUCGAUCGUGGGAGACACGGAUCAGGAAGCGGUCCUGACCGACUACUUCCAGCGGCUGUCAUACUACGAGGAGCAUGAGGAGGAGGAGCGCGGCACGGGUCGAGUCGAUGUUCCUCUCACGCCCGGGGGCCGCGUCAACCGCAGCAUGGACGUGCCACGGGAAUGGGUUCCUCUGGGCGAGUCGACUGUUCAAUGA